AGAGAGAGAGAGAGAGAGAAAGAGGGAGAGAAAGAGGGGAAGAGGAGAGGGGGAUCAAAAUAAACCGACUGUGAGAUAGGGAAGAAAGGACAGCGAGGAGUUAAGACUGCUUCAUGAAAACAAAGUCGGUUGCAACAUCUGGAGCAAAGCGCAAGCUGAAUUUGGACAUAAAAUACGCACAGCCUGAUCCCAGGUCCUCCUUCAGACUUCCUGCUUUCAGUAACGUCCGAUAAUCUGGUUAAAAGUCACCAAAACGCGAGAAGAAUGCACAGAUUGGACAAAUACCUCUCGUGGUUUGAGUAAUUUGAGUAAUAAGUUGCAGAGGCGCGCUGCUGCAUACCUUGUGGAAAAUCUUUUUUUGUGCUCUGCGCCAAGCCGAUCUCGGUUGCGCCCGGAAACUCGUUCAUGGGAUCCGUUUUUUCACAGAUAAUGUUCUGACAAAGAGCAAAGUGAAGAUUGCGCGAACUGUUACAGGGACAACUGUUCAUUUUUAAGAUUUUUUAUUUUUUUUUGGAGAGUCGAAUGAUGGCACCAGAGCUCAAAACGCUUGUCCGACUGCUGCUGCUGGCGGUGGUGUGGGAGCUGAGCGCACAAGGAGCGACGGAUCGAGAUAUCAAUCCAGAGUCAUGGCUGCAGCAGUAUGGUUACCUGCCCCCAGGGGACAUGAGGACCCAUUCCCUCCGCUCCCCUCACUCCAUCCCCUCGGCCAUCGCCGCUAUGCAGAGGUUCUACGGCCUGACCAUCACCGGCAGCUUUGACGCCAACACCAUCGAGGCCAUGAAGCGGCCGCGCUGUGGCGUGCCAGAUAAGUUUGGUGCCGAGUUGAAAAGCAACCUGCGGAGGAAGCGAUACGCCAUCCAGGGCCUGAAGUGGAACAAGAAUGAAAUCACUUUUUCUAUACAGAACUACACCCCUAAGGUGGGUGAGUAUGAGACCCACGAGGCCAUCAGGAGGGCUUUCAAGGUGUGGGAGAGCGUCACUCCGCUCCGUUUCCGGGAAAUCCCUUACAGUUACAUACGGGACAAGGUGGAGGAGUUUGCAGACAUUAUGCUCUUCUUUGCUGAGGGUUUCCAUGGUGACAGCAGCCCGUUCGAUGGUGAGGGGGGCUUCUUGGCACAUGCCUAUUUCCCUGGUAAUGGCAUUGGUGGGGAUACCCACUUUGAUGCAGCUGAACCAUGGACCAUUGGAAACAAAGAUCUGUUAGGUAAUGAUGUAUUCCUGGUUGCUGUGCAUGAACUGGGCCAUGCUCUGGGUCUGGAGCACUCCAAUGACCCCUCAGCCAUCAUGGCUCCCUUCUAUCAGUGGAUGGACACAGACAACUUCCAACUUCCUGAUGAUGAUCGCAGAGGUGUACAGCAACUUUAUGGGUCUGGAUCUGGACCUCAGCCUCCUCCUGUAACACCCCGUACACCAAACCACAGCCCCCAGCCCACAUAUUCGCCAGACAAGCCUCGCUUUGGUCCCAACAUCUGUGAUGGACACUUCGACACCAUCGCCAUCCUCAGAGGAGAAAUGUUUGUGUUUAAGGAUAAAUGGUUCUGGAGGGUACGUAACAACCAUGUUCUGGACGGUUAUCCCAUGCCCAUUGGUCACUUUUGGAGGGGACUGCCCACUCAUGUCAAUGCCGCUUUUGAAAGGGAAGAUGGGAAAUUUGUUUUCUUUAAAGGCGACAGGUAUUGGGUGUUCACUGAAUCAAUUCUGGAUCAUGGUUACCCUAAGAGUCUAAAGGAAAUGGGCAAUGGCCUUCCCAAAGAUCGGAUAGACACUGCUCUCUACUACACCCCCACUGGACAGACGUUUUUCUUCAGAGCAAACAAGUAUUACCGUUUCAAUGAAGAGUCACGAUCCGUUGAUGAUGGCUAUCCAAAAUUAAUUAAUGUGUGGCAGGGAGUGCCUGACAACAUCAAGGCAGCCUUCAUGAGCAAAGAUCAAGCAUACACCUACUUCUACAAAGCCAACAAAUACUGGAAGUUCAACAACCAGGUGAUGCGUGUGGAGCCAGGAUACCCCAAAUCAGCCCUUCGUGACUGGAUGGGCUGCCCCAACGAAGACUCCAAGACGGACGGAGGAAGAGGCGGUGGCGGACAUGACAAGGACAAGGAGAGGGAGAAGGAGAAGGACAGGGAACGGGAGGAUAAAGACAGAACUAGAGAUAGAGAGAGGGAGAGAGAGAAGGAAAAGGAAAAGGAAAGGGAGAAGGAGGUGCAGGAGGAUACUGAGGUGAUCAUUAUUGAGGUAGAUGAGGAGGAAGGGGUUGGUGGUGGCAGUGGAGCAGCAGCAGUGGUGGUGCCCUUGUUCCUGUUAGUGUGUGUGAUUGCGACGCUGGCAGCCUUGGUGUUUUUCCGUCGGUACGGUACCCCACGCCGACUCCUCUACUGCCAACGAUCUUUACUGGACAAGGUGUAGACGUAGGGGAAAGGAAAGAGGAGGGAAAGACAUGGAGAAGAGAAAAAGAGAAAAAAAUUGGAAGGAAAUGUUGAACAUAGAUAAAAAAGAGCAGGAGAGACAGAGAUAAAACUUGGGAAAGAGCAGAAGGAAAAGCACCAGACUUGCAUUUUAAAAUAUUCUUACCACUGCCAGAUUCCUUUUGCUCUAUCUCUCAACCACUCCAUCGUUCCAUAUUUUUUUCUUUUUUUCUCUCCCUUCUGUCUCUGCCUGCCUCGUGGUUACUGACGCCAGCUCAUUGCUGUUUGUUUUAGCCUUUUUCAAUGUCUUAUUUUUAGUUUUUGUCAGUGGUCAGUGUUUGUGUCCUUGUGAAUUUCUGCUUUCAACCUGCAUCUUCAUGACGCCCAUUCCAGCAUGUUCCUUU